AGCUCGUUAAUUUGGCGAUAACUUCGUUGCAGUGUUCUUCAAAUAUUUAGAGGGGAUCAUUUUGUAAAUUGUUAAGCACCAUUGGCAUCUUUUGCAACAUCACGGACGGAGAUAUAAGCUUGCAACAAACCCUAUGUAAACCGGGUUAAUGUCUCAGUCGGAAGUUUUUCAAAAUUAAUUUUCUAAAAAUAAGCCACUCAAAAAAAUUAUCUUGCCCUUAAAUUGCUGAAAUAUUAUUUAUUUGAAACUUGAUAUUCCACAAAUGAAACCUGCGCCAUAAAUGUAAAAAUUUCCACGAGUGUUUACUUCACACGCAUUUGUGUAGAGUGCGCUGUGUGAAUUUGGUUAAUUUCUGUCAAAUUAAAAUUGGCAGGUGAAGAUAACUCGAAACCAUGGCUGCAUCAAAAGGGUCGAAUACUUACAAUCGACAAAAUUGGGAAGACUCCGAGUUUCCUGUACUCUGCCAGACAUGUCUUGGAGACAAUCCCUACAUCAGGAUGACCAAGGAAAAGUAUGGCAAGGAGUGCAAGAUCUGUACCAGGCCCUUCACAGUGUUCAGGUGGUGCCCGGGAGCCAGGAUGCGCUUCAAGAAAACAGAGGUGUGUCAGACCUGUGCCAAGCUGAAGAACAUCUGUCAGACGUGUCUGCUGGACCUUGAGUACGGUCUGCCGAUUCAGGUGCGUGAUGCGGCCCUGAAGAUGAAGGAGGACAUCCCCAAGUCUGACGUCAACAAGGAGUACUACAUCCAGAACAAGGAGGCAGAGCUGCAGGGCGCCAACCCCGCCGGCGCGCUCAAAUCCGCAGCUCCGAGCGACCUGCUACUCAAACUCGCCCGCACCACGCCCUACUACAAACGCAACCGGCCGCACAUCUGCAGUUUCUGGGUGAAGGGCGAGUGCCGCCGCGGCGAGGAGUGUCCCUACCGGCACGAGAAGCCGACCGAUCCGGAUGAUCCGCUGGCAGAUCAGAACAUCAAGGACAGGUACUACGGCGUGAACGAUCCAGUGGCAGAGAAACUUCUGAGACGGGCGGCCGCCAUGCCACGACUGGAUACUCCAGAGGACAGGAGCAUCACUACGCUCUAUGUUGGUAACCUAGGCGACGGCAACUUCAUCACCGAACAGGAGCUGAAGGACCACUUCUAUCAGUACGGAGAGAUCCGAAAUAUCACUGUGGUGCACAAAAAUCAGUGUGCCUUCGUACAGUAUGUUUCCAGAUCGUCCGCCGAGGCAGCCGCGGAGGCCACCUUCAACAAGCUCAUCAUCCGUGGGAGGCGGCUCAACAUUAAGUGGGGCCGCAGUCAGGGCCGCCAGGGACCAGAGGAGACGUACACAGGCGGAGCAGGGCCAUCGGGCAUGCCGCUAGAACCCGUGCCAGGUCUGCCGGGCCCGCUGCCGCCGCCGCCGCACGGCCCACCGCCGGGGCCGCCGCCGUUCCUGAUGCCGCCGAGGCCGCCUCCGGGUCUGGCGCCGCCGCCGCCCCCGCCGGCCUUCCUGGCGGCAGUACACUAUCCGUCUCAGGACCCGAGCAGGAUGGGCGCUCUGGCCGGGCCCAGUCAGCCGCCGAGGAGGUAGGGAGGGCUAGAGCCUGCCGCAGCCGCCGUCUCCCUCGACCCCAGGCCCCCGCGUCUCUGCGUCGUCUCCACACCGUGUCUGCGCCGCCACCGCCGCUGGCUAGGACUGUUGUCAUCUUAUGUCGGUCGGUUGUUGUGCGCUUGGAUUAGGUCUGAUUGGUUUCAAGAGGUGCUGUUGGCGGCUGGUUUGCCCAAAUUUGUUCCAGUUUUCUGAAUAGACGAAGGAUGCUAUCGACAGGAAGCGAACCUAUGUCGAUGGCUUUGACUUGAGAUGCUAGACUGGCGUAGCUGUCAAACCGGUAACAAAACGUACGUUGUCGAAAGAGUUUUAUGCUGUGGGUACUUUGCCGUAAAAUACGUGAUUGUCGUACACAUUUAACAUUAGUAACAAUGAAUCCCUUUUGAUUAUCUGUUUCACACAUUCUAUGUAAUGAAUUAAGAACCGGUUCCUGAUGGGGAUUUUGUUGAUGAUGCGCGUCCGAUCGAUUGCCCAGCCUUUCAUUCUUGAGUCUUCUUCGAUGAGCCUCUUCCCCUGAAGUCGGGACAGUCACUGCAAGGAAAGGCGGGAUGCUGGAAGCCUAUUUUGAGGCAGGACAGACGGUGGUUGAUUCAGCUACAGAGUUGGUGGCUCAAACUGCGAAAGGGAGACGAGCAAGAGACAGAGCGCGGGGUUCGUGAGGGUGAGGAGAGAGAGAAUAGGAGUUGUGACCUUUCUACAGAGAAAGAAUAAGGACGUCUGGACUGGACCCACCUCCCAGCUGACGUGAGGAACAACGCUAUCCUGUUAUCUGAUCAGGCUGACGGGGCUCUAUAUGACAGAGGGCUCCCCUGUAUAAGCGUCUGGUCUUUUUAGCCACAACAAUGGAACCAGACACCCAGCACUAGGGUAGUUUUCUACCUGAUUUGUCUGGGAUCGCCCGAGAUCCGACCUUCCUUUGAUGAAGGCUGAAUAACAAAAGGGAGCGAGGCACCCUACUUGACGUGUAAGCGAGUGGACGCUCCGAUCACAUCCUGUCUAAAUGGUGGGCAUGUUUGUACUGUUGUACAUUCGUAGAUGAUCGGUUGCUCGCCUGGUCUGUGGGCCUAAGAUGCGUGUGUUUGUGUGUGUGGUUUUGUGUGAGACGCUACAUGUCAGCGCGAGUGUUGGUCGUACGUCACCGUUUCUUUCUGUUUUCUGUGCGUAAUGGUUUGAUGUAAACUGCGUGUAUAUCGCUGAAGAGAGAUCUAGAGCCAUAUUCACGUGGGCCUCUAGACUGUAAAAAUGAUGAAUCAUCUUGUGCUCUUCAUGGAAACCAAUAAACACCACACAUACGGA